AUGAUCUAUCUUGCAGGUAUUUUCCUCUUUGCAAUCGCUUCGGCCAUUCCAAGUGGUCGAGUAGACGUGGUGUUUCCAUCCGUGGAAACGUCCAGGUCUGGAGUGAAGACGGUCAAAUUCCGAGCUCUAAACGAAGAUAUAGAACUAAAGUUAGAACCCGCUGGUGACAUAUUGGCCAAAAACUUCGCACUUGUUGAUCAACAACCAAACUCAAUCGACGUAGAAGACUUAAAAAGAAGAAUUUACAGAGACAGCACUAAUGGAGCCGCUCUUUUGAUCGACGAAGAUGGGCCUGUCACUAUUCAAGGAAUUGUAAAUUCAAAACUUAGAAUCGAACCGUAUGAGUCGGGUAGAACCGUUAAAGAUGGGCAAGUACCACAUAAAAUUGUAGAAGUUAUAAAUGAUAAAAAGUCCUUUCUGAAUGAUGCAGUCAUGCAUAUGGAUGUUAACGAAGAAAUGGAAAAGGUUGCGACAAUGGCCAGAGACGAUCAGUGCAUAGUUGUGGAAUGUCUGGUUGUUACAGAAAGUGCUUUUACGAAACGAUUCGAAACUACGAAAGCUUUAACGGAAUACGUAACUGUCAUGUAUACUGGGGUUCAAAACCUAAUUGAUACAUUACAAUUGGGAAUAAAAUUUCGUUUGCUUGGAAUUGAUCCAUUUACGAAAGAAACAGAACCACCUUAUAUAGAAGAGAGUGCAAAUCCGGUAAACCCAAAAUAUCUUAAUCCUCUUGAUUUAAUUGAUCGUAUGGGAAAAUACUACUGUAAUCAUGCUACUGGUUUAGCUAAAGAUGCUGAUAUGAUCAUGCUGCUUGUUACACGAAACUUGGGCGAGCUAAAAGAUGAUGGUACAGUUAAAUUUAGAGUUGUGGGCCUUGCAUACAAAGGCGCAGUUUGUAAAAAAUGUUACAAAGUUGGCGUCUGUAAAGACGAUUCAUGGUACAACGAAAGAGUUGAUACAGUAGCUCAUGAAUCAGCUCAUCUACUUGGAAGUCCUCACGACGGCGAGCCAGGAGCAGAAGAUUGCCCAGAAACUGACGGUUAUAUUAUGGGAAAUCGAAGAAAUGCUACUAACAAAUUUAAAUUUUCCGAAUGCUCGAAGAAUUGCGUUAAAGAUGCAUUAUCGUUACCAGAAGCUAAGUGUGUAUACGAAAGCUGUGGAUUUCAGUAAUUGGUAUUUAAUGAUAUAUUCGACACUCAACGAAAUAUUGCUUGAAACGACAAAGAAAAUAGUGUAUUUCAAAUAUUGCAUUAAAUUACUUUUUAAUUAAAAAAUAAUUUAAAACAAAUAAAGUUAUUCAAAUGCAGUUAUAUUUGUCGUCUGGUUUCUUUUUUCUCAAUAAAAUUGUAAAAUAGUUAAUGCACUAUGUCUCCUUUU